UCAGAAUUCUCCGGAAUGGAUCGGAGGUCGGGAUGUGAAUUUGCACCGGUUGCAUUCGGUGGUGGUGCCCCGGGAUUGGUGGUUGAUAGUCAAUUGCCGCGGAACUGGGACGAGAUCAUCCAUGAGAUGGUACUGCCGAAGCGUUGCGUGAACAACAAGAUUGCCUUAAAGAAGAUUAUAAAAACGGUUUUUGGACAAGUACGAGAAAGCUAUUUUCACGGUGAGGAGAAGGUUCCGACCAAGAGGAGGACGACGAGGAGUGGGAUUAUCGGAGGUGGUCAGAGCGGAUGUUGCACUCGGUGCCGGCGGUUUAAAAACACCGCAAUUACCUUCCCACAAAUGUUCACCUCGCGACGGCGCAGCUUAAGCCGAAUGAACCUGGGCAGUGUGCCGGAAAAACUGUGUCAUUCUCGAAGGAGGAUGAAGUGCUCGAAAUCGAAUUCCGUUCCGAGGGACUCAUCAACCCCAAGUUCCGGAUGCGCUUCCAGGAUCGGGAAAUCCACGUUCAGGCACUUCACUUCCCAGCCGGGAAACGUCGACCACUUUUCCCGAAUCAACAGCCAACUUCUCCAAAAAUGUCCUGAUGAAGGCCGGCAACGUGACCAUCAUGUUCUCUACACUGCUGUCGCGCAUCGGAACGUCCAUCCGGAACCGUCCAGCUUGGAGUCUUCGGAAGUGAACGGUGGCGUACCGUAAGAAUCCGUACAGCUUGUACUCGGAUGUUGGCCAGAAGCGUUAAUACAAUAACAAAAUGUUUUUUUUUUGCCCUGAUACAAAGUGAUAUAUAACAGGAUAUCGUUACCAAAUAAAUUACAAUUACAAUUA